GGAUCGACUAGUCGGGUCUGCUACACAGCGGAGCACCCGUUGCUCGCAGCCGCUCGCUUGCGUGGUCUUUGUAUAGACCUCUGUCUCUUUCCCCCUCGAUCUGGGCUUGGAGCCUGUCAGCCACCAUGGGCAAAAAGGAGGAAGAAGAGAUCAUCCGCAUCGCCAAGAAAAUGGAUAAGAUGGCGCAGAAGAAAAACGGGUCGGGGGCGCUGGACCUACUCAAGGAGCUUCGCAGUAUCCCCAUGACCCUUCAGUUGCUUCAGUCUACCAGAAUCGGAAUGUCCGUGAAUGCCAUCCGCAAGCAGAGCACGGACGAUGAGGUGACCUCCCUGGCCAAGUCCCUGAUCAAAUCAUGGAAGAAACUUUUGGACGAGCCAGGAGGUGGAGACAAACCGUCAGAUGAGAAGAGAAAAGAGCAGACGACUUCCGUUUCGCCCUCCCAGGGAAGCCCCGAGGCUAAAGAGGAGAGCUCCAGCAGUAACUCCAGCAGCAAGAGCGAGUCGGCUGACGUUGCUGCCAACACGUUAAUAAACACCUUUCCUCGAGCGCCGAGCACCUCUGACUCCGUACGGAUCAAGUGCAGAGAGAUGCUGUCCAACGCUCUGCAGGCCGGAGAUGAUUAUAUCGCCAUCGGUGCCGACUGCGAUGAACUUGGUGCUCAAAUUGAGGAAUAUAUCUUCCAAGAGUUCAAGAACACCGACAUGAAAUACAAGAACCGCGUGCGGAGCCGCAUUUCAAAUCUGAAAGACAUGAAGAAUCCCAACCUGAGGCGGACGGUGCUGUGUGGGAGCGUGACCCCCGAGCGCAUGGCCAAGAUGACUGCCGAGGAAAUGGCGAGCGACGAACUGAAAGAAAUGAGGAAGAACCUGACCAAAGAAGCUGUCCGGGACCAUCAGAUGGCCACCACCGGCGGCACGCAGACAGACCUGUUCACUUGUGGCAAGUGCAAGGGCAAAUGCUGCACCUACACACAGGUUCAAACCCGCAGCGCUGAUGAACCUAUGACCACGUUCGUCUUUUGCAACCAGUGCGGCAACAGGUGGAAGUUCUGCUGAGUCGGCAGUCCUCCUCUCCAGAAAGUAGCAGAACUCCUGGACCAGAUCAUUGCGACGGCAUCGGAUUGGAGCUUGUUCGCGGCGUGGCAGCCCACGCGCCGUACGGCGGUGCCGCAGCGGUUACCGUCUGAGUACAUAUUUUGUGGAUAGAUGAGCUAAAUGUCCCCUCUCAUGAAAAUGUUUGACCAUUGUUAUUAGUUGUUUCCUACUGUCAUUUACAUGCGAGUGAUUUUACCGUUCUUUUAUCUGCAAUUUUUAUAUGUAGUUUUAACUAUUGUUGGCUUCACCCACCACAGCGAUGUAUCCGUUUAUUUAAUUUCCCGAAUAAAG